CGAACAACCGUGGGGACAUUAUCCCUCUGUCCCCACGUCCGUGGCCGAACCAAGCGCCAGCAUAAAGGUUGUCCCCUCAGGGAUAACGACGUAAGAUAUGCUGAUAUCGAAAAUGGGCCGCUGCAUUCCUCUAACGGUACUGAAGGGGAGAUUGGUUGGUGUGACCAAAGGUCGCUCCUCCCCCUGGGGGCCAAGGUGGUGUCGGCGUCGGUGGCGGUAUUCCAUUUCCGCCCGCCACGCCAUAGAAACGGCGUCAAUAUUUCUUCACCGUGAGACGAAAUAUUUUGUAAUAAAAUUGAUAACGGCAUAAAUAAAAUAUAAUUGCAUCAUCACAAACAUCGGCGAAACGCAAAUUCUAGUUCAAAUUCUCUAUGUCCGAGGAGCGGCAUGGAAGGUCUCAACAAGUUAUUAUUCGGCACAGUUGGACCCUUUUGUAGUACGCCCGACAUGAACGAGAAUAACGAUCCCUUCUCAUCGUCAGAAUCGGGACAGUCUGUCACCAAUUUUGGCAUGUCUGCUGCCUGGAUCAACAUGAAAGACCGACACAUCAUUGAAAUCUUAUCCUACGUCAACUACUCCGACCUCCUGCAAUGUCGCCUCGUCUCCAAACAAUUUCGCCACGUUAUCUCCAAAUCGCGAUUAUUCAUCGAUUCCACAAUUUUCGUGUCAUCUUCCAAAUCCACUGGCCCCCUUCUCCUCCCCUCAAGCUCAACUCCCUACGAAACCUGUCGCUUUGACCACAUCGACUACGACGUCUUCACCGGCGCCAAGACGGACUCUCAUUCCCACGAAAACGCCUACUUCUCUCCGCCCACGCUCUUCCUCGCGAAUUUGAAAUCCCUCGAAUUCGCGAAUUCCUACAUCACAUGGGAAACCAUCAAACGAACCGUGAAUGCCACGCCAGCCUUGGAACGAUUGGUUUUGACCCGAUGCAAAUUCGUCGACAAGAAAAAUACCUCGGCGUUAAGCGAAUUUGAGGAAUUUCGCGUCGGUCGAACCUUCUCGCACUUGAAGUCGGUCAAAAUUCAGGAAUAUCACGAUAUCCGAGCGGUUAACAUCUUCCUCGAAAAGUUGGUUGGAUAUUGCAGCAAAACUUUGGAAGAAAUCUGGAUAACCUUUGACCCUUCCACGGUUAUAAAUUCCCCUCCUUCCUCAAUUCACGACGCGGCCGAAAUUGACCCCUGCUCCGUCCAUCUCCCCGACAUGGACACAUUUUGCACCCUCGUCCGCACAAUUAUUGAAGCAAACACGUUCCAACUCCGUAGACUUUGCAUGGAUUUGAAGUACCAGCCCCUCCUUAACAUCUUCUUGCCGAGCGUCUUCGGAAAAAUGAAUAGUUUAUGGACCGAGCUAAACUUGGAGGAAUUUUUGCUCAGUCCUCCUUCCUCGGCGAAUAAUAAUAACGUCGAAAUUUCCCUCAAUUGCACCUCCUCCGCCCAAAUCCUCAUCGGUUUACUGGAAUCUCAAGUCAAUCUUAAAACAGCUGCGUUGCCCCAUUUCCGGAACAUGGGGGAACAGCAUUACAGGGUCAAAAUUGGGCAAAGCUUGUCCCCCCAGGUGGAAUAUUUGUCCCUCCCGAAUCAGGAAUAUCUGCCGAAAGAGUUCCUUACGAAAUUUGGUGCUCUGAAACAGCUGUAUCUCGGCGGAUCCACGGGCGACAAUGGUUUGCCGGUGGCGCUACGGUCGGAAAUUUUUGAGCAGCCGAAAACCCCCGUAAGUUUCCAGCACGGUCUGCCGGCGCAUCUUGACCUCAAUUUAGCCCUGUCCGGCUCCGCCUACAAUUUUGUGGGGCCCCCGAUCAAUACCGGAGUUUGGGACAAGUUUACCGAGCUGGGUUUGGGAUCCACGAUCAUCAACGGGAUCGAGUUGCUCAAAAUUAUUAAGAAGUUUCAUUUUCUCGUCAAGUUGGAAAUCUUAUCGGAACUUCCGGUCAUACAGGAUGAAGAUAUGCAAGUUUUGGUGGAGGGGAUCCCACUCUUGAGACAUUUGAGUGUGUCGGCGUGUGAUUUUCUGACGGAUUAUGGGGUCACUGGGAUUCUUAGGAAUAGUUGUGAGAUGAUGGUGCGGCUGAGGAAUUAUCAUGAGAUGGAGGAGGAGUCAGUGGUGGCGGAUUCUAGGGCGAGUAAUGGGAGAUCAAUGGCGCAAUUGAGAGGUUUAAGAAGUCUCAUUCUCAUGGGAAAGUCGCACAUUACCGAUGUCGGGAUUCAUUUCGGACUGAGAUUUCCCGAACUGGAGACUGCAUUCUUGCCUUAUAAUCAAAACAUCACGGAAUGGGGCGUACAAAAAUUUGGCGAGCACAACCCAAGCCUCCAAGUCUUCGUCAUGUGUGGCAUCAACCAGAGCAGCAGGGAGGGAUUCUUCUACUUGAGAGAUAACCAUCCUCGAGUUCGGAAGAAUAAGUGCGAAUAUUUGAAGUACAUCGAGGAACGUAACCUUUCUGCAGAGAAUGACGCUUCAUCCUCAUCCAUGGAAGGAUUAUGUUCCACCUUUCAUUUCGGGUGGUUCUUUGGCCGGAAAUCGAACGAUGAGGAUCAACGAAACGAUGAGGUCGUUGAUCAUGAUAACCAAAAAACGGAAGGAGAGAUUGACCUUGAUAACCCUGGUGUCAACGACGACGACAUGAUACCAAUCCCAACUUUGUCCUUGAUCAUUCCGUCCCAAAAGGUGGACGUGCUGAAAGAGGUGAAAGUUGACCAAAAAGUUGUUCCUGCCCCCGUUUCUCAAGUUCCGUCUCCAUCAAUUAAGAAAAUUAAGGUUCCAAAGUUGAACCAAAGUGGUAAAAAAUCCGUCGUGUGGACAUUGGAGUCGGACGAUGAGGAUGUUCAAGAUAACAAUGCGAUUUAAAUUUUGAGCAAAAUUAAAAAUUUUCAGUAAUACGGAAAUUUUUGAAAGAUUUGGUUCCAUUUAUUUUCAUCUACUUCAUCUCAUUCUCCACAUUUAAAUAGGGCGUGAUACUUAAAUUAAAAAAUUAGAUUAGAUACGAUUUUUUAAUAGCUUUCACUGGUAAUUAAGCAAUUUGGUUAUUGCGAGAAAAAUUUUGAAGAAAAUUUUAUAAUUGUUUUUUGCUAAGAUGUAUGUAUAUAAAAAGUUUUAAACCUUAUAAAUUAAUUUAUGUACAAAU